AUGGAAACUACGGGGUCUUCGUCGUUGUCAUGGGAUAUCCACUUCUGGCUCGGUUCGAAGACCAGCCAGGACGAAGCUGGGGCAGCUGCAAUCCUCACGGUCAACCUGGAUGACGAGCAGUUCCACGGAGACGCUGUCCAACACCGCGAGUCGCAGGGCUACGAAUCGAAGCAAUUUUUGGGAUAUUUUGAACCAGCAAUCCGGUACCUCGAAGGUGGACAUGCUUCAGGCUUCAAUCAUGUGACAGUCAAUCCUGGUGCUGAGAAGCGUCUCUUCCAGAUCAAGGGAAAGAGGAACGUAAGAGUCAGACAGGUGGAGGCCGCUGCUUCGUCGCUAAACAAAGGAGACUGCUUCAUCCUGGACGUAGGCCAUGAGAUAAUGCUGUAUGUGGGAGAUAAGGCCAAAAGCGUGGAGAGGCUCAAGGCUAUAUCGGUAGCCAAUCAGAUCAGGGACCAGGAUCACAGCGGCAGAGGAAACAUUGAUAUCAUUGAUCCGUACUCAAACGAAGGCGACGUUGCUAAGUUCUUCACAGCCCUGGGCUCCGGUGAUCAGGAUUCCGUAUCUGAUGCUGAAGAAGGUGGUGAUGAUGAGGAGUUCGAACGUGGUGCCUCCAAAGAGGUGGUUCUCAAUGAAAUAUCUGACAGCUCUGGUGCUAUGCAGAUCAGGAAACUAUCUGGCCCCUAUACCAAGGAAGUACUGGAUACAAAGGAAUGCUACAUUCUGGACACAGGAAGCAGUAUUUACGUUUGGAUUGGAAAACAGUCAAAUGGAAAGGAAAAGUCUGAAGCUAUGAAGAAGGCCCAACACUACUUGGAGGCUAACAACUAUCCCAACUGGGUACACAUAUCGAAGGUAGUGGAGGGAAUCGAACCUACUGCGUUCAAACAACACUUCCAAGACUGGAAUUAGGUUUACUUACUAAUGUUUAUAUUAUAUUUUAGUAUUAACAUGCAACAAAUAAUUAACCUUUCAUAAUACUAGAAAAUAAAUAUCAUAUUGUCAAACUUUCGCAAAGAAUCGAUAAAAACACAAGUUGCGUUUGACAACACCUGCGUGGCGCGUACCAUUAACUCGAUGAGCGACGCCGCUUCGUACAGAUUGCGAUAAUGAAGCGACAGGCGUUCAUAAUACUUAUCAAUUCUCGGUGAAAAUGUUUUUUAAUUUAAGCACUUUAACAUUAUAUUAUAAGUUAAGUUUGCUUGUACUAUUCGAAUAUUAAUAUUAUUUUUAUCUAUUAGCGCUGUAGAACUUCGCACAAUUAAAUUUUUUUAAUUUUUA